CGACGAGUGUACAUCUCCCCGUGAGUGGCCAGGGAAUUGGGACUUCCUGUGUGCAUCGACACGCUGACUCCCGUGUAAAUCACUUAGCGGCACUCCGGCUGCAGGCGUGUCAGGAACGUGUGUCUGUGUUCCUGUGGCGUCCGCCGCGGAUUCAGACUCUAGACUUUAGAAUAAGCAGCGAAUAUCAAAACAAACAUGAACAGUAUUUACACCCUCAUACACAAAAGCUACUCUAAUUCUAUUUUUAUUGUCUAAUCUACUCGGUGACGCGUCAGGGAUUCACACUCUGGCUCGUAUUGAUAAAGCAGUGAGUCUUAUCUGUUGCCGUGUGCACUCAGCUGAGCUUCCACAGACGUAAUUCACACUACAUUAAUUUCCUGUAACGUUGCAUCAGCAGUGAUUUCUCCCCCUCCUCCUCUUCUCAUGAGGUCCUCUGUUGGUUUCAGAGGCUCCUCUGGAUGGAAAGGGUUUAUCAGUGCCAGCGCCUCAUCGUGGUUUCAUUUGGAGACAGGAGAUUGGACUUAUUGUGAGAUCUGGUGAAUGGAAAUGAGUCCGAUCGUUUCCCCCGUUGGAGUCGGGAAGAAACCGUCGCCAGCUCGAGAUGAGAUGGAAAGAAUAUGAGCUGUUCACAGGCGGCAGCGCUCAUCCAACACAUCCCCGUCUUCACGCUCAGUGAGGGAAGUGGAGGAGCCGUGUUUUAUAUCAACUUAUUUUAAACGUUUGUCUCUUCGGUGUGGGCCAGUUCGACAGGACGCGACAGGCGGCGCGAGCGACGGACACAUGAAGCGUGAGAGGGCGGAGCUGAGGCUCAGCUGACCCUUCUCCCCUUCCGUCUCCUCCUCCUCCCACCCUGCUCCAUUCCAUCGGCACGCAGCCCCCUCCCUCCUUUCCCUCCUCCCCCCUCUCCCAUCUCCCGUCACCCUGCUGGAUCUCGCCCGUCUCGUCGCCUCCCCCACGUCCUCCGAACCUCCGCCAGCCGUGCCGAUGUUCUCCCCGGAGCAGGAGAACAUCUCCACCUCCACCAAAGUGCCAGUGAAGUACGGAGAGCUCAUUGUGCUGGGGUACAAUGGCUCUUUGCCCAACGGAGACCGAGGCCGACGCAAAAGCCGCUUUGCACUUUGCAAGAGACCGAAGGCAAACGGGGUGAAACCCAGCACAGUUCACGUCGCCUGCUCUCCACAGGCAGCCAAGGCCAUAAGCAACAAAGACCAGCACAGCAUCUCGUACACUCUGUCCCGGGCCCAGACGGUGGUGGUGGAGUACACCCAUGACAGCAAUACAGACAUGUUCCAGAUCGGUCGAUCGACGGAGAGUCCAAUAGACUUCGUGGUGACCGACACGGUGGCGGGCAGCCAGAGCAACGCCGACACGCAGUCGGUCCAGAGCACCAUCUCCCGCUUCGCCUGCCGCAUCAUGUGCCAGCGCACGCCGCCGUACACCGCGCGCAUCUACGCCGCCGGCUUCGACUCCUCCAAGAACAUCUUCCUCGGGGAGAAAGCUGCAAAGUGGAAGACGCCCGACUGUCAGAUGGACGGCCUGACCACGAACGGCGUGCUGGUGAUGCACCCACGCAACGGCUUCACGCAGGACUCCAAGCCGGGCGUGUGGAGGGAGAUCUCGGUCUGCGGCAAUGUCUUCACGCUGCGGGAGACGCGCUCGGCUCAGCAGCGGGGGAAGAUGGUGGAGACAGAGAGUCAGGAGCUGGUCGACGGAUCCCUCGUCGACCUCUGCGGCGCGACGCUGCUGUGGCGUACCGCCGAGGGCCUGGCGCGCACCCCCACCCUCAAGCACCUGGAGGCGCUGCGGCAGGAGAUCAACGCGGCACGGCCGCAGUGUCCCGUGGGCUUCAACACGCUGGCCUUCCCUUCCAUGCGGCGCAAGGACACGCCGGACGAGAAGCAGCCGUGGGUCUACCUUCAGUGUGGCCACGUGCACGGCUACCACAACUGGGGAAACCACCGCGAGGAGCGGGAGGGCCGCGAGGGCCGGCACCGGGAGUGUCCCAUGUGCCGGGCCAAGGGCCCCUACGUGCCGCUGUGGCUGGGCUGCGAGGCGGGCUUCUACGUGGACGCCGCCCCGCCCACUCACGCCUUCAACCCCUGCGGCCACGUUUGCUCGGAGAAGACGGCGGCGUUCUGGAGUCAGAUCCCGCUUCCGCACGGCACACACACCUUCCACGCCGCCUGCCCGUUCUGCGCCCAGCAGCUGACGGGCGAGCACGGCUUCGUCAGACUCAUCUUCCAGGGGCCCCUCGACUAGGGGCCCCGCCGCUGACCCCCCCUCGCACUGAAAACAUGGACCGACCCCGGAUUUGUUUUCUCUCCUCUCACGGCUAAGACUUUUAAAAAACUGGACUUUUGGUCUCCUCCUCGUUUUUAAGUGACCUUUGUAUUGAUUUUUCAUGAACGACGACAAAGAUUUCUAUAUUUUCACGUGAAAAACCAGAGACACAAAAAACCAAACAAAGAAACACUGCUGGGUAGACUCUGUGUGUGUGUGUGUGUGUGUGUGUGUGUGUGUGUGUGUGUGUGUGUGUGUGUGUGUGUGUGUGUGUGUGUGUGUGUGUGUGUGUGUGUGUGUGUGUGUGUGUGUGUGUGUGUGUGUGUGUGUGUGUGUGUGUGUGUGUGUGUGUGUGGGCGCGUGUUUGUUCCUUAGAAAGAACUUUUAACAACAGUAUUUAACGUACGUUUUUUAUUUGUUAUCCUGUUUAUUGUCUGGAUAUUCAUCUGUGUACAAUCUGUCAGAGCUAAUUUAAACGAAGAUGUUUAUUUAUGGCCCAGAAACCGUCGUUUCUCUCUUUUAUCUGUCAGAAACUAUUGAGCAUUUUUUUAUUUGACAAUUCAACAUAUUGUUAUUCAGAUAUAAAAGUUCUUACGUGUUCUGAGGGUUUGUUCUGUGUUGACCUCUCUGACCUGUCUGUCGUAUUUAUACUCACCCUCCUCCUCCUCCUCCUCUCUCAUCCGGCAGCACCUCGGCCUUCUCACGUUCAAAGCAAUAGAUUUUCCUAAAGCAUUAUGGGAAACUGAGUCCUCUCAGAAAGACUGCUCCCUCCCUUUAAAGUCCGAGUGGAAGAAAAAGUGUGAAAGUGUUUUCUUCAUAUUGCAGGUUGGCCACGAUACCGCAGCUGUGUAGCUCACUCACACACACACACACACACACACACACACACACACACACACACACACACACACACACACACACACACACGCACACACACACACAGACUAACACCUCAGGGAGCAAAACAAUGACCUAUGUCUCUCACACACAAUGUUCCUAGGAUACCUCACGAAUGAAAAGGUUUAUCUGGAUUUAAAGUCUCGUCUCUCUCUGUGUGUGUGCGUGCGAUUCACUCCCGCUGUUUCCUCAUCCAUGUUUUUACACAAACACAUAUCCCCCAUGCUGCUCCUCCUCCUCCUCCUCUUCUCCUGUUCAAUGUCUCUUGUGCUUAUUAAAAGCAAAAAGCGAAGAAUGUUUCCGGCAAACACUUUUUUGUAAAUGACUUUAAACAAUAAAGUGUAAAAGUGACUUAUUUCCCACCGUGUGUCGGGUGUGUUCAGAAUUAGGAUGCAGAUAUAGACAGGUGGAUAUGUUACAUUAAUAAUCACAGCAGCCAUAAAUGAUUCUUAUGAUGUAAUCUUCAGACUUUCAUUUACAAUUUGUCUCCUGAUCAAAUAUAGAAUAUUUUCUUAAUGUGGGCUUUGCAGAAAUAUCCAACAUGAACGCUGUCGUGUGAGUUCACCGACACGAGAGACGACACGCGCUCAGUUUCUCAUAUUGCACUUUCUUUAUUCAGCUCUGAGGCACAACUGGGCCGAGACCUCGUCCUCCGUCACAGAUCAACACUUAUUGCUUUCAGGCUCCCGACGCUCACGUCCCGGAACCUCGUCCCGUCAAGUAUUUCUACACUCCAAUGUUUUAAAAACGUCCCGUCUUGCUUUUGAGCCAACGCUGAACGGGAUGGGACACUCGGACGGGGCCGCGUGGUUUCACACAACAUGGAGGUCAAAAGGUGAACACACAAAACUGGAGAA